AGUUUUCGCACAGUUUCGGCCGUUUGGGAAAAUUUUGAGGUCUUAGCCAACCAUUUUGCAGCAGCCAAAGUAGACCAGACGCGUAAUCCUUUGGAAAGAUCCAAAUACGAAGGCCUACACAGAAUGCUGACAUCAACGUGCUUCAUUUUGGAUUAGGGACUGAUAUGCGACGCACUGCAAGAACUAUCUGAUGUUAGUGAGGAGUUACAACAUCGAGACCUUGACCUAUUUCGAGCUAACAAGAAACUUCAGAUUUUGAUGAACACGUUUGUUUCUCGAAAAGGCAGUCCUGGAAUGUUUUAUGCGCAAGCUGAAACAGCUGUCAACAACAGAAGUUUUAUGGGAAUCGAACUGUAUGUGAAAUCUAAAGAAGGCCCCAUCAAUGCUGUUGUGUUUUAUGACCACCUUGCUCAAUCAAUCGAAAAGAGGGUGCUUAGUGGAGACGAUGCAGUGUUGGCCAAUUGCGCCCGCAUAGUUGACAAAAGCGCUUGGCUCAAAAACAUUAAAGACAAUACUUUUGGGGAAAGAGACAUUGAAGCGCUCGCAGUUCGUCUACAAGUGAACAAACGAGAGGCAAUUAAAUCCUUCAGAGAAUAUGUUUUUGACAAUUGUAGAAAUUUGGGGGAAAAUUGUGAGAACAAUAGCUACCCAGAAAAUUUGCUACGUUUGACAACAGCUUUAAAGACAAUACCAAUAUCUUCCAGUGAGUGUGAAAGGGGAUUUUCCCAAAUGAACCUGAUAAUUACUGAUGACAGAGUUUCCCUACUCACAAAAACUGUUUCUUCAUUAAUGUUUGUGAAGUUAAACGGCCCACCUCUUACUCGAUUUGAACCCUCGAAGUACGUGAAUUCGUGGCUGCUUCGGGGACGGCACUCAGCAUUGGACACAAACAGCACGGAAAGAGCAGAGAAGAGACUUAUGACAAAAUCGUCUCCAAACUUUGGACAGUUCUAUAAACUGCAAGUUAUCAAAUUUAUUGCUUUCUUUCUUGUAAAAUGUAGCUAUGAUCUAAAAACUUACACUGAUUAAUUUGUUACUGAAUACUAACUAAUUUGUUACUUUUGAACUGUUAUUUGAAAAAUUAUGUAAUAAAACAUGUAAACUAAGAUUUUGUGCGUUUUUUUAUAAUAUGCCCUUGAAAUGUGUACAAGACUAAAUUUCUACAGUAGGCCAGUUAAUUAGCAAAUACAGUUUUUUCCAGUAAAAGCAGACAUACCUGUUAAGAAACCACAAGUUAAAUAGGAGUAAAAAAUUUCAAGUUUUCUGAGAAAAAUAAUCUGUGUACUGUUAUUUUAUCAAUGGUGUAGCCAAGUAGAGAUGGUCUUAGAUUUUUUAUA